UCAGUGCAAUAAUUGUGACGGACAAAAUGGCCGCGAAAAAUGUAUUAUUGUUUAUUUGUUUCAUGCUUUGUUCUAUAUACGUAAAUUGUGAUAUUUUAUGUGAACAAGGAUUUUGUAAAGAACAUAUUAAUGAUGAUAACGAGUGUUCAACGCCUUCACCAGAGUGUGAUAUUAAUAAUGCAACUCAUUCGGGGAUAUGGUUGCCAUCACCUACUAUAUGUAAUUGCUGCUCGUUCUGUUUGCCGUUGUAUAAAUUGGGUCAGCCUUGCAGUUUAGGUGGAUCUGGCAAUGGAAUUACAAUCGGCAGAUGUGGUGAUGGAUUAACUUGCGAUAACUCAACACGUACAUGUAUUAGAAUGAAAACGAAAUGUCACGAUGCACAAGACGACUACGAUGCCCGACACGCUAGAGGCGAAACCGGUGCCUUUGAGAAUCGUCCCAGCUGUGACGAGAAAGGAAAAUUCACCUCCUUCCAUUGCGUGCCUUCUCAAACCUGUUUCUGCCAAUCAGAAGAGGGGGAGAGAUUGUUCGGGGAGGUUGUAAAUAGAGGCCUGUUUAUGAAUAUGCCUUGUCGUUGUUCCCGAAUGGCUCACAAAAUCCAGACAUUGAUAGCAAAAGAAUUACCUUACCCAGUAUUCGGUAUGAGAUGUACUGCGGAUGGGAAUUUCAAUCCUGUACAGUGUAUAGACAACAUAUGCUAUUGCGUACACACAAUCACUGGUGAAAGGAUUGUUGGUCCCAGUGUAGAUUUGAAUACUACCCACAUAUCUGAAUUGCCGUGCUAUGACGAAAAAUUAGACUUAUUCCCAAAGACAGCUGACAGUGAGCCUCCUUAUGAAUACACCACGCCUUGUUUCGACACAGUGCAAGAAAGAAGAGAUUUAAUAGUCAAAAGUAUCGAAGAAGGAUUUAAUGUAGAAUAUUUCUCUACUUUUGGUUCCAUUAGCUGUCUACCAGACGGAACUUUUGGGAGAAUGACCAUAAACUCGAAUGGAUCAAAGAUUUGCGUGGACGAGCGUGGAGAGAAAUUAGGAAAUUACGAGGCUCCAGCUAACACACCUCAGUUUAACAAUAUGGACUGCAAAUGCGCGCAGUCAACGAAUGUAAUGACGUCAUCAAAUGAACCACCGCGGUGCUGCAAGAACGGCAACUUCAGACCGAUUCAGUGUCACAGUGGAACGUGUCGUUGUGUAGACUCAGAUGGGCGACAAGUUGGACGAGAAUCUUCAGAUGUUACAAAAUUAACAUGCUACACACAAGAUUGGAGAAACUGUUGAACGUUAUGCAAAAAUUAAUAAAUAUAUCCUAACUAAUAUUAAUAAAAUGUAAGACAUAAUAAAAACUAGAACAGUAUAAGCUAUCAAUA